AUGGGCGCUAUUGACGCCCGCAUUGCGGGUCGCCUUCAAUUGGUAAAUGAGGAAGUUUUUGUGGAGUGGGCACAGACGGAAGGCAUUAAACAUGGGCUUUUUGCACUGGACGAGGGGCGGCGAUCGUGGGCACACGUUACGAAUUGGCUCAGUAGUAAUCCGGCCGCAAUGCGCCAAAUUAUGGCUCUCCUCCCCGUUCCAGAGCUGGAAGCACAAGCCUGCAAUUUACAGAAACUUGAAGAAUGGGGCGAACGGGAAGCGUUUGCCCAGCAGCUUCAAAGGCUAGCUAGUAUACAGGAAGAUGAGGAAAAUGACGACAGAUCUUGUGCCAUGUGUGCCGAGUGGGCGACAAUUUGUCGUACUGCUGACUACACGGAGGUGGUAGUGUUGGCUAGAGACAAACAAAGAUGGGACUACGUAGAUGCUUCUAUUAUGCGGUCCAGACCGUUGGAGAUACCAUUAAACCACUGGUUUACUUUACACGUUUUACCUUACACAAUCCGAGAGUGGUGCGACACCGUCAUGGGUCGCGCGCACGCGAGCGCUCUCGUUGUGUGGUACCGUGAAUUUGAGCAAGUACAACAACUAUGCCUGGCUAUUGCUGACAAUUAA